AAAGAGUGCCGCUCUUCAAGAGAAGCUUGCAUAAAAAUUUGCAUUUUAUUUAUUACGUAUAUUACGCUAAGUUAAUUUAGACCUACUACGAAGAGACAUGCAUUAGCGUUUUCUGAUAAGUUUUUGCAUUGACUUUUUAUGUUACCCACCUCAACAGGGAGAGAACUUGGGUGCGAAAUGUGGAAUAUCCCGUUAGAGGGCACCUGCCGCAAGGCGGCUCGUUGGUCUAGAACGAGGCCAGCGAGGGAUGGAUUAACCAGUACAGCAAUCUCAAUUACCCCGAAAUACUCAAAAAGGCGACGCCGAGAAAGGAACAAAGAACAAUAAAGGGAUAGAAUUAUCUUCGCAAUACCCUGUGUACGACAUAAUAAGUCAGUAUAAUAUUGAGGGCACCUGCUUCGGGGCGGAUCUACGUGUAAAACCUUUUCUUUCAAUGGUUCUUCAAAUUAUUAGAAAAGAUAUUUCAAGCCUGGAUGUAAGUCCUAUUCAAAGCGGUCCUACUAUUAUCUCGUAGCGAAGUGUAUACCACCGGUGUAACUAUGGCUGACUGCAAUUGUGUAGAGAAAGGACAGCACAAAGGAAAAGGAAAUCGGUUUAAUUUUAAAAAGAAAAUUUUCAGUGGUGGAUCAUCUCAAGCAACCAAAAAACAAUGGCUGGGGAAAAAUAUGAAUACUGGGGAGAAAUCUAACACGUGUAAAUUUUGUGGCAAAAUAUUUAAACAGAAACGCUCUUGUGCUAUUCAUGAAAAAAUUCAUGCAGGAAAUAAACUUAACAAAUGUAGAUUCUGUGGCAAAUGUUUUACACUAAAAGGUAAUUGCACUAAGCAUGAAAAAAUCCAUACAGGAAAGAAACCUUACAAGUGUAGGUUCUGCAACAAAUAUUUUAUAGAACAAAGUGAUUGCACCAGGCAUGAAAGAAUACACACUGGAGAGAAACCUUACAAAUGUAGGGUCUGUGACAAAUAUUUUACAUAUCAAAGUAGUUGGACCAGGCAUGAAAGAAUUCACACAGUAAAUAAACCUUACAAGUGUAAGUUUUGCGACAAAUAUUUUACAGAACAAGGAAGGUGCACCAAGCACGAAAGAAUUCAUACUGGAGAGAAACCUUACAAAUGUAGGUUCUGUGACAAAAAUUUUGCACAUCGGAGUAAAUGCAAAAGUCAUGAAAAAAUUCACAAAGGAGAGAAAUGUUUCAAGUGUAGAUUCUGUGACAAAUAUUUUACAGAAACGUCUCAUUGCACCACUCAUGAAAGAAUUCACACUGGAGAGAAACCAUAUAAGUGUAGAUUUUGUGACAAAUCUUUUACCCAAACGUCUCAUUGCACCACUCAUGAAAGAACUCACACAAUGGAGAAACCUUACAAGUGCAAAUACUGUGAUAAAUCUUUUACUGAAACAUCUCAUCGCAUCAGUCAUGAAAGAAUUCACACAGGAGAGAAACCUUACAAGUGUAGAUUCUGUGACAAAUCUUUUGCAGUACAAAAUAACCGCACCAAUCAUGAAAGAAUUCACACUGGAGAGAAACCUUACAAGUGUAGAUUCUGUGACAAAUCUUUUGCAGUACAAAGUAACUGUGCCAAUCAUGAAAGAAUUCACACUGGAGAGAAACCUUACAAGUGUAGAUUCUGUAACAAAUAUUUUAGAAGAAUACAUCAUUGCACCUCUCAUGAAAGAAUUCACACGAGAAAAUCUUAAUAAUUCUUGUUCUCAACAUGAAAGAAUCCUUACAAGUACUGCGACAAAUUUCCUUGGUCACACAUGAAAUAUUGAAAUGAUUCAGUAGAAAUUUGUCUGCUUUUUUAUGAGAGAAUUCGCAUGGAGGAGAAACCUUUCUAGUACAAGUUCAGGUUCUGUGAGCAAACUUUUAAACAAAACUUUUUGUACAUAUGAAGUAAUUUGCUCUGGAAAGAAACCUUACAAGUUCAAGUACAGCUGUCAAUGAUUAAUUUUAUCAUUGAAUAUUUUAAGAUUAUGUGUAAUGUAAGUCCAGCUCAAAUUCAAAGUCCAUUCACCCAACUUUUCCUUAAUUGAGAGAGAGGGUAACACAUACCACUGCUGUACAGAGUUCCCAAUAGUCAUGCAGUGUUCUAUUCAUUUCAAUAUCUUUUAAUACAAAACUGUUUAGUAAUAAGUUUAGCAAUAAGCAAUACUAUAAAUUAAGAAAUUAAAAUAUUAAGAAAGGUAUCUGAACUCUUAAACUAAUAAAUUAAGGGUAUACAAUAAGAACAAAAUUAGUUCGAAAAUAAAACCUACCUCUUAAAGUUUGGUCCUUAAUUUUAGUGCACUGAAAUUUAACCAACUGGCUAUGUCUAAGCUGUCUGUGGGGUUUAGAUGCUAAUGGGCAAUUUAGCUUGUCUUUGUUGUUUUUAUUUCUCAAAGAAAUUUUGCAGACCUUAUUUUGGGCACUGCCACCACAUAAACCAUUAAUGAAGAAACAUUUUAUGAUUCUCAAUCUUACAGAAAAGAUUCAUAGGACUGAAAUGAAUUUUAAAAACCAGCCACACUGAAUUUAUGUGACAGUGUAAAGCAAACAGUUUAAUGAGAACUGUUCAUCAUAACACUGUGUCAGAAUAGAGAUAGGUUGUGAGAUAGGUUGUUUCCCUGUUGAUCACAGGGGGUAAUAUUUCAAGGUUCCGGCAUUGUCCCAACAGAAGUGUUGAGAUGAAAGUUUCCUAGAUAUACAUCCAACUUAUUGUGUAAAAAUGGAAUAGUUUUAAAUGUCAUCACUACUACACAAAUCAAAGUUCAUAAGAACUUGUGAUUUAUACAUUAGCGCACGGCCGCGAUUUGCGAAGCUUUCAAGAUAUGGGAUAGCGCACGCUCGCC